AUGGCGUCAAUCCUCAAACAUAAGGACCACGCAGCAGCUGCGUCUGCGGCUGUUGCUCCCUCCGAGCCCACCGAAGAGCAAAUCAACGCUGCUCAGGCGCAAGACGCUGCCGAGUACGCUGCUAUCAACGCCCGGUUGAAACAGAACGAGGCUGCGGGUGCUCGUGUUCUUGAGUUUGAUGAAAAUGCUACGCCACAAGAAAAAGCUGCUCAGGCUGCUAAGGGCAUGGAUCGCAUCAAGCCCAAGACCGCCCCAGCUACCGCUGAAAGCUUAGGCAUCGCCAGUGACCUUGGCGGCAAAAAGGUUGACCCUACUCUCAGCCUCAAGGAUGUUGAAAAGCUCAACGAACAGGAAAAGGCUGCAGAUGGCUCUCUCCCUGCCGGACAGUCCAAUGUCAACCUUCCGCCUGGUACGGUGGCAGGCUGGGCUGCUGCGUCUCUUGCCGCUAGAGGUCUUCCGCUCGACCGAGCAGUCAACUCUGAAGAAGAGGCUCAACGCGACUUGAUCAGCACUUUUAUCGGCGAGAGUUAUCUGGGCUACUUUUGGUGGAAUGCCUCGGUCAUCAUCCUCGCUGUGCUUUUCACCUACUUUGCUACGCGCCUCGGUGGUGGUCUUGCCUCUAUCUUCAUCAUCGGUGCCUUCUGCUCAACCUACUACAAUGCAAGCAUGCGCCGCACUCGGCAGCGCGCGCGAGACGAUAUCACUCGUGAACUCGCCAAAAAGAAGAUGGUUUCGGAACAUGAGUCGGCCGAAUGGAUCAACCACUUCCUAUCGCGCUUCUGGCUCAUCUAUGAGCCUGUUCUCUCAGCCACUAUCAUCGGCAUUGUUGACCAGAUCUUGGUGCAGAAUUGCCCCUCAUUCCUUGACUCGAUUCGCAUGACUACUUUCACCUUGGGCACCAAAGCCCCUCGCAUCGAUUCAGUUCGAACCUUUCCCAACACCGAAGAAGACGUCGUCAUGAUGGACUGGAAGUUUAACUUCACCCCUAGUGAUGUUCUUGACCUUACCGUCAAGCAGGCCAGGCAAAAGAUCAAUCCCAAGAUCGUCCUCACCGUCCGUAUCGGAAAAGGCUUUGUGGGUGCAGGUCUCCCAAUCUUGCUCGAGGACAUCAACUUUGUCGGACACAUUCGACUCCGCAUGAAGCUCAUGAGCGCCUUCCCUCAUGUGCAGCUUGUAGACAUGUCGUUCAUCGAGCCACCCAAGAUCGACUAUGUCCUCAAGCCAAUCGGUGGUAACACGUUCGGCUUCGACAUCGGCAACAUCCCUGGUCUUUCUGACUUUAUCCAGGGCCAGAUCCACGCCAAUCUCGGGCCCAUGAUGUACAACCCCAAUGUCUUCACCAUCAACCUUGAGCAGAUGAUGUCUGGAACCCCGCUCGACACGGCGAUUGGUGUCCUUCAGGUCAACAUCUGGUCAGCACGCAAUCUGAAGGGUGUUAAGCUCGGUGGAGGCACGCCAGACCCAUACGUUGCCCUCUCCAUCGAUAACCGAGAUGUGCUCGCCAAAACCUCCAUCAAGAAAGGUACUGCGAAUCCACAGUUCAAGGAGACCAAGUUCGUGCUGCUCAACAACCUCAAUGGUAUGCUUACCAUGGCCAUCAUGGACUACAACGAGCACCGUCCCGAUUCCACUCUUGGUCAGGCCGCCUUUGACCUCAAGGAGCUCAUGGACGAUCCUGAACAGGAGCACCUAAGCACCCCCGUCAUCCUCGACGCCAAGGAGCGCGGCGAGGUCCAGUACUCACUCUCGUAUUAUCCGGUCUUCAAGCCCGAAGUAGGCGAGGACGGCCAGCCAAAGCCCUUGCCCGAAACUCGGUCAGGCGUUGUCCGCUUCACUCUUCACCAAGCGAAAGAGCUCGACAAGCGCUCUGGAUUCGGUGGAGAACUGUGCCCCAAAGGUCGUAUCAAGCUCAACGGCCAAGUUGUCAAGGACACAAUCGUCAUCAAGCGCACUACUAAUCCCAUCUUUGAAAUGCCGAUCGAGUUCCUCGUCACCGACCGCAAGAAGGCUGUCAUCACUGUCGAGAUUCUCGACGAUCGCGACCUGCGCUCGGAUCCAGUGGUUGCGUACCUCAGCAUCCGACUCGAAGACCUGCUUGCAGCGAAGGAAAAGCAGCAAGAUUGGUUCCCGCUCAAGAGCUCUAAGAACGGUCGUGUACGCAUCUCGGCGCAAUGGAAGCCAGUGCAGAUGUCAGGCAGCAUGAAUGGAAGCAGCGGCUACACGCCCGCUAUCGGUGCCGUCAAGUUCUGGAUCAAGCGAGCCACGGAUGUCAAGAAUGUCGAGGGUAUGACUGGAGGCAAGUCGGAUCCCUAUGUUCAGCUCCGCGCUCGUGGACAAGCCGUCGACGGUUCAACAAUUGUCAACAACAACCUCAACCCUGAGUGGAACGAGAUCCUCUAUGCACCCGUGCACACGCUGCGGGAGAAGAUCACACUCGAGGUCAUGGACUAUCAGAACACGGGCAAAGAUCGCUCUCUCGGCAAUGUCGAGGUUGACGUGGCCCAGCUCGCUACCGAGUCGAACAGUGCCGAUCCGCGAGUUCGGUACACGGGCACUGGCAAGCAGGUGCACAAAGACAAGAUUCAUCUGGGACGCGGUAUCUACAAGGGCCAGAUCGAGUUCGACUGCGAGUUCCUGCCGGCGGUCAACCUCAAGGGCGCCGAGUUCGACGAGCGAGAGAAUGAAGCGGUCGCAAAAAGCGGCGCUAUUCUGGAGGAACCCGAGGAAGAAGGUGAGAUGCCCACGUCCAAAGUAUCCAACGGGUCCGAUGCAGCCAAUGGUCUUAAUAAGGUCAAUGGCGCGAGUGAGUCCGGUGCGGUCAUAAACGGUGCAGGAGCAGCAGGAGCAGCAGCUGCUGCUUUAGGCCACGACAAGAAGGAUUCAACCACAUCCACGACAGCUGCCAACGGUCGUCCUUCCACCGUCGCUGAAAAGGCUGAGGAAGGUAUCUUCAUGUCCAAGGAGCAGCUUCUUCAAGAGCAGUCCGGAAUCAUCGUUUUCAACAUUUUGCAGGGUCAGCUGCCGGGUAACAAGAAGAACGCCCGUCUUGAGGUGCUGUUCGAUGAUGGCUACUGGCCCGCCUACAUCACUGAAAAGGCACGAACGGCCCACCAUACCUGGGACGAGGUGGGCGAAUCGGUGGUCAAAGAGCUUGAUUGGUCCAAGUUCCUCCUGAAACUACGAACGGGCGACGGCGACGAUGAUGUAUUUGCCGAGUUUGCAGGCAACACCAAGGACGUUCUGGAGAAGGCUCUCAAUUCGCAAUAUGAAUUGCGACUUCAUAACGCCGCCGGCGCUCAGGUGGCUAGUGUGGUGAUGGAGUGCAGAUAUAUUCCCAUCAACCUGCACCUCGAACCGGUUGAGAGCGUCAACAACCAGGGUUUCCUCCGUGUAGACCUGGUCCACGCUCGUAACCUUCGGGCCGCCGAUCGAGGCAACCGCUCGGACCCGUACUUCGCUUUUGUGCUCAACGGCGAGCGUUUGGCCAAGUCCAAGGUGGUGAAGAAGACGCUCAACCCAGAUUUCAACGAGAAUCUGGGAGAGUUCAAGGUGCCCUCUCGAGUGCAUGCCGAGGCCAUCUUCGAGGCGUACGACUGGGACCAGGUCGGUACGCCUGACAAGCUUGGUAAAGCGCAGGUGGAUCUGGCGGUGCUCGAACCUUUUGAGCCGUUCGAGAAGACGUACGCACUCACCGGAAGUGGAUCGACAGAUACUUCGGAAGUGACGCUGCGCUUCGUGUUCAAGCCGGACUUUGUCACAAACCGCGAGCGAAAGGGUACCAGCAUCAGCCGCACGUUUACAUCCGGAGUCGCGGGAGUGGGGCGUGCUGGAGCCGGAGGUGUGAUGACGGUGGGAACAGGAGUCGGCAAGGUCGGCAUGGGAGUCGGCAAGGUCGGCUUUGGUGUUGGUAAGGGUGUGGUUGGUGUUGCAGGUAAGGGUGUCGGUGGUGUUACCAAAGGUGUUGGCAGCCUCAUCCGUCCCGGCGGCCGCAAGGUAUCGGCGAGCGAGAUUGCGGCGGGUGAAGAAGCCUUGAUGGUUCCAGCCAUAGACGAGCCAGUGGUGCCAGCGUACGCAAGCGACGGCCUCCCCGCCUCUUCUGCUGGCGCUGGUUUGUCUGCUGGGCUCAACAUCCCAGUGCCAGCUAUACCGGAAAACGCGUCUCGUGCCAGCUUUGAACAUGAUUCACGCUCCAUGGCCGAGUCGCAAGGUACACCAUCGAAGCGCAGAUCCAGGCUGCACAACCCUUUCAAGCGUCAUGACAAAUGA